UCACUCUCACACAGAUACCAAGCAGCACAACUUACCUAUAUAUAUUUUACAAUUAAAACACUUAGAAUUUGAACAGAUUUUUUUUUUCUCUAAGACGGAUGGAUCAUACUUGACGAGUACGAAUAUACCCAAUAAAAUUAAAAAAUAAAAUACCUCGAAGUGCCAGGAACAACUCUCCAUCUCCGGCCCAUAGGGUACUAUCGAAGUGACUGGCUACAUAACCGGCCACCCAAUCCAUAGCUCCAUUAGCUCCAUUGUUAGCUUAGACCUAGCACCCCUAUUUAUUAUCUAAAGAAUGUAUUUCGAAUAAGAUAUUCAAACACUAGGCAUCGGAGAAAAACCACCAUGACUUCAGUAGCCUCUGUUGCUUUCUCCAUCCCCCAAGCAAUUCCAGCAAGCAAAAUUCCACCAACCCAGAACUCAAACCUCUCCCUCCUCCAACUCUGCACCCACCUCCACGAGGCCAACCAAAUCCAUGCCCUCAUGAUCAAGUCCUCCCAAGCCACCGACGCCUACUCCGCCGGCCGCCUCGCUGAAUUCUACGCCAUCUCGGGCCAUGGCAGCCUCGAGCACGCCGAGAAGGUCCUCCGCUCCCUCCAAGACCCGCCCACCUUCAUCUUUAACACCCUUAUGAGAGGCAACCUCGACAGACGAAAUCCCCUCCAAUCCAUCCACCUCUACCACCACAUGCUCCUCGCCUCGGUCGAGCCCGAUCACUUCACCUUCACGUUUGCUCUCAAGGCGAGCUCCCAACUGCGCGCUCUCGCCAUUGGCCAGCAGCUCCAUGCUCACCUUGUCAAGCACGGGCUCCAUUCCAAUCCCCACAUCCGCAACAAGCUCAUCCAUCUGUACGCCGUCUGUGGCCGGGUCGGCGACGCCCGCAAAGUGUUCGACGGAAGUAGUGAGCUGGAUGUUGUUGCAUGGAAUAGCAUGCUCGAAGGGUAUGCUGAUAACAAAGAUGGGGAGUCUCUUCAUGAUCUCUUCUCCAGGAUGCCUGCUCGUGAUGUGGUGUCUUGGAAUACAGUGAUGGCGUACCGCAUCGAGAUGGGUGAGUUUGAGGAGGCCAUCAUGAUGUUCCGGUCGAUGCAGGAGAGCCAUGAAUGCCGCCCGAAUAGAGUGACUUUGGUUAGUGUUCUUUCUGCGCUCAGCCAUUUGGGUGCUCUGGGCCAAGGCCAAUGGGCACAUGCCUACAUCGACAGGCAUGGGAUCGAGCUCGAUGGGAACCUUAGCUCGGCGCUGAUCAAUAUGUACUCCAAGUGUGGAUGCAUCGAAGGUGCGAUCUACACAUUUGAGGUGACAAAUUGCAGGAGCGUGGAUACUUGGAAUGCUAUGAUAUCUGGUUUCACAACAAAUGGGCAGAGCUUAAAAGCUGUGGAUCUCUUCUCUAGGAUGGAGUCGUCGGGAGUGGUGCCUAAUAGGAUAACCUUCGCUUGUGUCUUGAAUGCUUGUAGCCAUGGAGGAAUGGUCGAUAAAGGCAUCGAAUACUUUAGGAAGAUGAGUGAUGUUUACGGGAUUGAGCCUGACAUUGGACAUUAUGGAUGCAUGGUGGAUCUCUUCGGUCGUGCAGGUUUGUUCGAGAAGGCUGAGGAGAUGAUUCGAGGAAUGCCGAUGGAACCCGAUGCAGUUAUGUGGAAGGCUGUGGUGGGUGCUUGUAGAAUCCAUAGGAAUCUAGAGUUAGGUGAGAAGGCUGGAUUUAGGCUCAUUAAAGCUGCUCCAGAUGAUCAUGCUGCAUAUGUUCUGCUAUCGAACAUUUUCGCCAUGGCGAAUAACUGGAAUGGAGUUCAUAAGGUGAGGAAAAUGAUGUCAGAGAGAGGAGUAAGGAAGGUGCCUGGCUGCAGCUCUAUUGAAUUAGCUGGGGUGGUUCAUGAAUUCAUAGCUGGAGAUGUUUCUCAUCCAAGGAAGAAGGAAAUAUACGAGAUGCUGGAUGAAAUCGGGGAGCAAUUGAAGCUUGCAGGAUAUGAGCCUGAUAUUACACAGGUGUUACUGGAUAUACAGGAAGAGGAAGUGAAAGAAAGCUCCUUAGCUCUUCACAGUGAGAAGCUUGCAGUAGCCUUUGGACUUAUCAGCACUAAUGCAGGCACCACCAUUAGGGUGGUGAAGAACCUCCGUAUGUGUGGAGAUUGUCAUUCUGCCAUAAAGCUUCUUUCUAAGCUCUAUCAGAGGGAUAUAAUUGUUAGGGAUGCAAAUAGAUUCCAUCACUUCGGGAAAGGAUCCUGUUCUUGCAUGGACUACUGGUAGCCACCAUGAUUGGAAUUACACUAAUUCUUUACCCCCAUUAACUGGAGAGUGUACAGGAGAAUUGGCGGAACAGCUAAUUGAAUUUUUCAACAAUCUUAGAUGAGGCAUAACUUGUGUAGAGCUACAACAAGACAGCAGAGCUAUAAGAUUUGCAAUGAGAUGAUUGAUGUCUUUAUCAUUUCACCAUCUUAUACAUCAUUGGACAUCCAUUCAUGCAAGAUAUUAAAACGAAAAAUUAAAAAUAUAAUCAAAUCAAGAUGAUUUCUCGUUAUCACGAGAUACGAUCGAAAAUGGAUAUAACAGCCAAUGAGAUAAAGCUUGGUUAUGUUUCCCCCACUUAAAAGAAAUUUUCCAAUUCUCAAAGUGCUUAUUACAGAGGAAAAUGGUAAAGGAAAAACAUAAUUCAUUUUCAUUUUCCGUCUGAUUUUGCUUUUAGAUUUUUGGAGAAAAAAUGAAACAUCCACCUUUACAAAAUCUCUAAAAAACUAUCGAUUGAUUUUAUUUUUUUUUUUACUGCCAAAACAAACAAAUGCGAGCCUUUUUUCCUAGCAUGCAAUUCAAGAGGUAAUAUGAUCAAAUUUCAGGUAUAUAUGCAAAUAUAUAGCUGUAUUCAU